AUGACCACCAACGGCACUGCCAUUCUUGACCUUAUCAUCAACAGCAGGCCUUCCGAGUGUCCCAGCGAGGGUUCACCUUUCAGCCUUGCCAAUGCCGUCGCGACCGUCAUUGCUCUGCUAUCUUUGGCAGUCGCCGUAUUCGGAUCAUAUCUCAAUUACAAGAGCUACAAGGUUACAAAAUCCAAAGAAAAAGAAGCGUCGGACUUUCUCGUUACCCUGGAGGAGGAGGACGAGGUGGACGGCGUGCCAUCUAUCCAGUCCCAGGCGGCCUCUACCCGAUUCCAGAAGCACACGGGCGUACUGGUCACGUAUCACGUCCUGGGGUUACUCCGGAGGCAUCUGCAUAUGUCUGAAGUCGGGACUUGA